AUGCGGCCGACGAUCUUUCGGGAUCUUGUGGCGUGCAUCGUGUGCCUCCUGGUGUGCCUGUUUAUCUUCAGCGUGUGCCUGCUGCUCGUCCUGAUCCUGCUGACGUGCCUCCUGGGGGCCCUGCUCUUGACCACCCUGUGGUUCAGCAUCAUGCUCGUGUUGCCGUUCACCCUGAGCCUGCUGAUGGAUUCCCUGAUCGUUCCGUUGCCGCUGGAGAUGCCCAUCGGCCUCGUUGCCAGCCAGUUUGGUGUCAGCGCGACCGACAGGACGCUCGAGCUGACCCUGCGCUUCGACGAGUCGACUGGGACGGCCUACGCACAAAACUGUGUAGAGUACUGGUCAAUCUUCAAGUGCUGCAGGGCGGCAGGUCUCCAGCGUCUGCUGGGGCACGCGCCCGAGCAACCCGAGACCCCGCGCGGGCACGACCAGCGCAGCGAGCAGGCCGGCAAGCCGCCGAGGUCUGCGGGCGCGGCCCUGGCACCAAAGGCCGGCGGCGCGCAGAAGCCGCAGCAGAGGCCGGCCGUGCGCGCGGCGCCCCGGCGCAGCCAUGGCCGGCCGCCCGACGUCUGCCUCCAGUGCAGCCCGCCCGCCGCUGGCGCCCGUGGCCCUCGCGCUCCUGGCGCUGGGCGGCGGCGCGGCCGCGGCGCGCGUCCGCGGCGCCCACCCCGCCGUGGCCGCCGCGCCGGCAGGCCCGCAGGCUCUUCUGGUCGGCGCGGCCGUGAAUUGCGCGGUCUCUGCUGGGAACGUGUCCCGCGAGGGCUCCGCCGCGGGUGCCGCGCGAACAAGGCAUCUGCCCGUCCCCCCGGGCAACCUCAGGGAGUACCACGACGCGGCCCAGGGCUCCUCGCUCUUCCUCGAUGCGCUCCCCCCGCCCCGAUGGCCCCCGCCCGGCAGGACGACUGCGCGGGCGCCCUCGGGCCGCCGCCCUGCGCGGCGUUCGCCCUGGAGCCGGAGUGCUCCCCAGUUUGCGACGCCCUGGUGCCCGUUCACGAGUGCCUGGUGGAGGUCUCGGCGAACAGCACCCACGACUGCCACGCCAAGAUCCUUGGCGUGACCUCUACGGCGGAGUUUCCGCCCGGCGAUUGUCCAUACCGCUGACUCGGACGACAGGUGAUUUCGUGGCCGCGCAUCUGCGGGUGCAAGCAGCCUGCAGGGCCGCAGCGCUUGUGCAAAACCGCGCGGCUCGUCUGCUGGAAGAGGGCCUCGAACGGGUACCACAUGGGGCGCGCGGGAAAGAUCGGAAUGGAGCGCUGUGCGGAUGUGUGGCCGGUGCGG